AUGUAUGAGGUAUCGAAUGAGGCGAACGAACUGCGUCGGCGCAUAGACUUUGAAUUAGCCGAGGCGGCUAAGGAAAGAGAGGCAGCAGAGGAGGCACUGGCCCGUGCGCACAACGAAAUGGCCGCGCUGAUGGACGUGAAGCUCAACCUCGAAGCAGAAAUUGCCGCCUACAGACGCCUUCUGGAGACCCAAGAUGGCAUCAUGACUGCCGUUUCUGGCAAGUCCUCGCCAGACCUGAGACGACCAAGGGACAGUUAUCAGCAGUACUACACCGCCACCUCCUCACGUCCCAGAAUGUCUAGUUUGAGUCCACAGCGACGUUCAGACGAUCGCUCCGUGCCAGUUCCAGUCACUGAUAUGCAAGUGCACCAGACAUCUAAUUCAUCUAUGACAGAGUUUUUUACUUGGUUUUAA